GGGCUCUGUGCCAAAAGCCCCAGAGCCUUUGUACACCGGGCGGGCGGGGAGCAGGGUAAAGCGCAGAAGUUGGAGCCCAGGACUGUGUAGACCUCCGGGCGCUAUGCGGUACCUACCGUGCCUGUUGCUGUGGGCAUUCCUACAGGUCUGGGGACAAUCUGAAGUUCAGCAAAAGAAUUACAACUUCCGCUGCCUGCAGAUGUCUUCCUUUGCCAACAGAAGCUGGUCCCGCACAGACGUCGUGGUCUGGCUGGAGGAUCUGCAGACGCACCGUUGGAGUAAUGACUCGGACACCAUCAGCUUCACGAAGCCAUGGUCCCAGGGCAAGUUCAGUAACCAGCAGUGGGAGAAGUUGCAGCACAUCUUUCAAGUCUAUCGAGUCAGCUUUACCAGGGACAUGCAGGAAUUAGUCAAAAUGAUGCAACCUCAAGAAGACUAUCCCUUUGAGAUUCAGUUUUCUGCUGGCUGUGAAAUGUAUGGUGGGAAUGCUACGGAAAGCUUUUUACAUGUAGCAUUUCAAGGAAAAUAUGUCGUGAGAUUCCAGGGAACAUCCUGGCAGACAGUCCCAGGGGCCCCAUCUUGGUUUGACUUGCCCAUCAAAGUGCUCAAUGCUGAUCAAGGGACGAAUGAAAUGGUGCAGACACUCCUGAAUGACACUUGUCCCCAGUUUGUCCGUGGACUCCUAGAGGCAGGAAAGCAGGACCUAGAGAAGCAAGAGAAGCCAGUGGCCUGGUUGUCCAGCAGUCCCAACCCUGCACAUGGCCAUCUGCAGCUGGUGUGUCAUGUCUCUGGCUUCUACCCAAAGCCUGUGUGGGUGAUGUGGAUGCGGGGUGACCAGGAGCAACAGGGUACUCACAGAGGUGACAUCCUGCCAAAUGCUGAUGAGACAUGGUAUCUUCGAGCAACCCUGGAUGUGGAGGCUCGGGAGGUGGCUGGCCUGGCCUGCAGGGUGAAGCACAGCAGUCUUGGAGGGCAGGAUAUCGUCCUUGACUGGGAUGCCAGACGAGUAUCCACCGGCCUGAUCGUCUUUAUAGUAGCAAUGGUAGUUCUAGUGUUGUGUGCCUUAUCCUACUGUCUCAGGAAGAAGAGAUGCUCCUAUCAAGACAUCCUGUGACUCUUCCUUACACCGGCCACUCCUGAAAUUCAGAACUUCCAGGUUCUAGGACUUCAGUCCUUGUCUGCUCAGGAACUGAGGAUGAAAGAGAGGCAUCCUGAAGAAGUGAAGAGCAACCAGUUCACCCUUUUUAACAUUAAUUAUAAUAAAUUAUUAUUUAAAAUGUUUUAUAAGCUUGAGUAGUUCAGAACAAACACAACUGCAAAUGUGUGUGCCUGCCAGAAACAAGCUGUGGGCAGUGUUUUAUGGGAUUUGCACUGAACUAGAAAGCAUGCUUCCUGCCCAAACAGACGCUUUGGGGUUUGUUGGCAAGUGUAAAGUCCAACACUAACAUGACUGUACUUUGUAUUUUUUUAAGAUAACUAGAAAAAUGGAUUUGUGCGUGUGUGACAUACAGCUUUGGGGUUUGUUGACCAGUGUAAAGGCCAACACCAACAUGGUUGUACUCUGUAUUUUUCAAGAUAACUAGAAAAAUCGAUUUUGGGUGUGUGCAACACACAGAUUUUGAAAAGUAAUACAUUUGCAAAUGUUUGCUACCUUAGAUUCAAAACUGCUGACUAAUGAUAACCCCAACGGCUUCCAGUUUGUGGUUCUUUUUAUAAUGUUUGUUCUAAAAGCCAUAGGAUAUUUUAGGACGCAGUCUCUAUUGAAAAUUUGCAUUAAUGACUAUAAGGCGUUUUCUUUUUAAAAUAAAAGUAGGAUGUAAGAUGAAAAGGUAUUCUGAGGUUUUACUUGUUGUAAAAUUUAAAAUGAGAAGUCACCGUAUAUAUCUAUUUUAUUGAACAAAAACCUACUCCUGGGAUUAUUUCUCUCAAACGCUGCUAUAAUUUGUAUCUGGAAUGGACCCCAAGGUGCUGGAGAAGGAACUGAGAGUUCUACAUCUUGUUCUGAUGGAAACCGGAAGACUGUCUCACUGGCAGCUAGGAAGAGGGUCUCAAAGCCACUCCCACAGUGACAUACUUCUUCCAACAAGGCCACACUUCCUAAUAGUGCCACUCCUGGGCCAAGCACAUUCGAUCCACCACACCUACCCAGGCAGGGAAAAGCUAGUUAGCUUUUCUUUCAGAUUAUAAAAUAGUGUGCACUAGUUACUAGUUAGCUUUUGGGUUUUGUUUGUUCGAUUGAUUUGGUUUCAGUUUGUUUUGUUUUGUUUUUUCUAAGACAGGGUUUUCCUAGUAGCCCUGGCUGUCUCAAUCUCUAGGCCAGGUUGGCCUUGAACUCAGAGAACUAUUUGCCUUCUGAGUACUGGCAUUAAAGACAUGCACCAGCACCACCCAGAGUUAUCUGUAUUAGUCAGGGUUCUCUAAAGGAAUAGAACUGCUAAAAUACAUAUUAAAGGCAGAUUUGGGGCUGGAGAGAUGGCUCAGCGGUUAAGAGCACUGACUGUUCUUCCAGAGGUCCUGAGUUCAAUUCCCACAACCACAUGGUGGCUCACAACCAUCUGUAAUGGGGACUGAUGCCCUUUUCUGGUGUGUCUGAAGACAGCCACAGUGUACUCAUGUACAUUAAAUAAAUAAUAAAUAUUUUUUUUUAAAAA